GGGGCUGCUGCAGGCCAUUAAGCUGUACCUGCGGAGGCAGCGGCUGCUGCGGGACCUGCGCCCCUUCCCAGCGCCCCCCACCCACUGGUUCCUUGGGCACCAGAAGGUAGAUGGGAGGGAGGAGGGAGGAGGGAGGGGCGGAGGAGGAUGCGGCAGAGGAGCCCAGCCGGCAGAGAGACGCCGCUUUCUUCCAUCCCUGGGGACCCUCCGGCUUGCACUGGCCUUUCCAGCCCGGCCUGUGGCUCUCAGCAUCAUUUUUCCUUGCUCUGGAGAAUUGCUUUCCCGCAGCCCCACAGAGAAAGCUGCUCCUGUUCACUUCCACUAUGAGUGGAAGCAGUCUGAGAUCCUCCGCAGAUGCAGAUGCCAAUGCCAUGCUUCUUGUACAGCCUGCAGAAUUGUCACCCAAAUAAUCCUCUUUGUGAAUGACCCAGCCUCAGUUUAUUCAGGAUGAUAACAUGGAGAAGCUUGAGGAAAUUAUUGAAAAAUACCCUCGUGCCUUCCCUUUCUGGAUUGGGCCCUUUCAGGCAUUUUUCUAUAUCUACGACCCAGACUAUGCAAAGACACUUCUGAGCAGAACAGAUCCCAAGUCCCAGUACCUGCAGAAAUUCUCACCUCCACUUCUUGGAAAAGGACUAGCGGCUCUAGACGGACCCAAGUGGUUCCAGCAUCGUCGCCUACUAACUCCUGGAUUCCACUUUAACAUCCUGAAAGCAUACGUUGAGGUGAUGGCUCAUUCUGUGAAAAUGAUGCUGGAUAAGUGGGAGAAGAUUUGCAGCACUCAGGACACAAGCGUGGAGGUCUAUGAGCACAUCAACUCGAUGUCUCUGGAUAUAAUCAUGAAAUGCGCUUUCAGCAAGGAGACCAACUGCCAGACAAACAGCACCCAUGAUCCUUAUGCAAAAGCCAUAUUUGAACUCAGCAAAAUCAUAUUUCACCGCUUGUACAGUUUGUUGUAUCACAGUGACAUAAUUUUCAAACUCAGCCCUCAGGGCUACCGCUUCCAGAAGUUAAGCCGAGUGUUGAAUCAGUACACAGAUACAAUAAUCCAGGAAAGAAAGAAAUCCCUCCAGGCUGGGGUAAAGCAGGAUAACACUCCGAAGAGGAAGUACCAGGAUUUUCUGGAUAUUGUCCUUUCUGCCAAGGAUGAAAGUGGUAGCAGCUUCUCAGAUAUUGAUGUACACUCUGAAGUGAGCACGUUCUUGUUGGCAGGACAUGACACCUUGGCAGCAAGCAUCUCCUGGAUCCUUUACUGCCUGGCUCUGAACCCUGAGCAUCAAGAGAGAUGCCGGGAGGAGGUCAGGGGCAUCCUGGGGGAUGGGUCUUCUAUCACUUGGGACCAGCUGGGUGAGAUGUCGUACACCACAAUGUGCAUCAAGGAGACGUGCCGAUUGAUUCCUGCAGUCCCGUCCAUUUCCAGAGAUCUCAGCAAGCCACUUACCUUCCCAGAUGGAUGCACAUUGCCUGCAGGGAUCACCGUGGUUCUUAGUAUUUGGGGUCUUCACCACAACCCUGCUGUCUGGAAAAACCCAAAGGUCUUUGACCCCUUGAGGUUCUCUCAGGAGAAUUCUGAUCAGAGACACCCCUAUGCCUACUUACCAUUCUCAGCUGGAUCAAGGAACUGCAUUGGGCAGGAGUUUGCCAUGAUUGAGUUAAAGGUAACCAUUGCCUUGAUUCUGCUCCACUUCAGAGUGACUCCAGACCCCACCAGGCCUCUUACUUUCCCCAACCAUUUUAUCCUCAAGCCCAAGAAUGGGAUGUAUUUGCACCUGAAGAAACUCUCUGAAUGUUAGAUCUCAGGGUACAAUGAUUAAACGUACUUUGUUUUUAAGUUAAAUUUACAGCUAAUGAUCCAAGCAGAUAGAAAGGGAUCAAUGUAUGGUGGGAGGAUUGGAGGUUGGUGGGAUAGGGGUCUCUGUGAAGCUACACAUGAUCCAAAAUCAUUUCUAGGUACACAGUGUGUCAGACUAGAUCUGUUUCUAUAUAACUUUGGGAGACUUUCAGAUCUUUUCUGUUAAACUUUCACUACUAUUAAUGCUGUAUACACCAAUAGACUUUCAUAUAUUUUCUUUUGUUUUUAAAAUAGUUUUCAGAAUUAUGCAAGUAAUAAGUGCAUGUAUGCUCACUGUCAAAAAUUCCCAACACUAGAAAAUCAUGUAGAAUAAAAAUUUUAAAUCUCACUUCACUUAGCCUACAUUCCAUGCCCUGACUAAUCCUACUGCUUUUCCUAAAAACAGAAUAAUUUGGUGUGCAUUCUUUCAGACUUUUUCCUAUACAUUUUAUAUGUAGAAAUAUAGCAAUGUAUUUGUAUAGAUGUGAUCAUUCCUAUAUUGUUAUUGAUUUUUUCACUUAAUAAAAAUUCGCCUUAUUCCUUA